AUGGCACUGAUAAGACCUUUUGGCGGCCACGAAACUAGAGUAGUCAGUGACUUAUCUAGAUUUGAGUACGAAAAGAGAGAACCCAGGAGGCGAUCGAGAAAUACAACUCCCACAUCGGUACCAAGCGAUACGGACACUUUCGAGGCUCCCGUAACUAACGAUUUCUACGAACACUACGCCACUUCUCUGGUAACACAAGAAGAACCAAUUCGUCAAUUUGCCCCAUAUCCACCAUCCAUAGUGGAGCAAAUGCCAUACAAUACGCCCCAUGAGCUCCGCAACCCACCUCUUCAAGAUACAACUCCUUCACGACCCUAUUUGAAUAACCUUCAACAGUUCAAACUGGGUCCCCCAAAGCCCCCACCAAAAGAUAUCGAACAUCUGGGUCUCUAUAAUGACAAAGACAGUCUACCUCCCAUGGAGGACUCCAGAGACUAUAUGCGACAAAGGGACAGCCAGGCCACUAUGGUAGCUGGUCAGUAUGAAACACAGCAGCCACGAGCGCCCGAAGUACAUCUUGUCGACAGGGUGAUGAAUCGACCGGUGUUCACCUUUGGUCCCAAGGACGUCAACCCCUAUGAUCCACAUGAACAGCGCAAAAACUUCCACGUCACCGCGACCAACAUUAUAGACAUCCUCCAGAUCAUCUUUGGUAUCAUCAUCAUAGUUAUUGCGAGCACUUUAGGCACUCAGGAUCCCAUUGUGUCCAUUGGCAUUUAUCGCUACUAUAUCGCAGUGGGAGUGAUCACGCUAGUCGUAUCACUUCUCUUUGUUACCAAGGCACUCAACUUUGAUAGAAGAAACGGCAUCUUUUACUGCCUUCUAGCCUGUGUCCUCACUGGAGUCUCGCUCAUCCUUUCUAUCACGAGCGUCGCCACUAACAACAACUGCAACAGUGAGAGCGUCUGUCAAAUGAGGAAAGCCCUCUCGACAUUUGCCAUCCUUUCCUUCUUUCUUUGGCUCUGUAUGUUUGUCAUGUUUCUCACUACAUUAUACAUUUCCAAGAUGAACUUGCUCGAGGAUGUCAAUUUCGACUACAGUGGCCAAGGAACUAUCAGCAAACCUCAGUCACGUAUCCCUUCCCAACAACACGAAAACCUACCUCAAUAUUAUCUCACGGAAUCUGGAGAUAUGUAUCCUCUAGAUAAUCACGAUACUCGAGGAAAGAAGAAAAUUGUUGUGUACGCAUAA